CCGCCUGCUCGCGGUAUAAGCGUGGCCCGGACGAGUCCUGGCAUCGCACGGACCCCCUGUCUCUCUCGCUCCGCACCAUGGACGCCCGCCUGGCCAUCCUCCUCGUCCUCUUCCUCGCGGCCGCGGCGUCCUCGCCGCUGGCCUCCGCGCAGCUCGACAGAGAGUUCUACAAGACGUCGUGCCCGGACGCCGAGAAGGUCAUCUUCGACAUCGUCCAGAAGCGGUUCAAGGCGGACCCCGGCACCGCCGCCGGCCUCCUCCGCCUCGUCUUCCACGACUGCUUCGCAAACGGCUGCGACGCGUCCAUCCUGAUCGACCCGCUGUCGAACCAGGCCUCCGAGAAGGAGGCGGGCCCGAACGUCUCGGUGAGGGGCUACGACGUGAUCGAAGAGAUCAAGACGGAGCUGGAGAAGAAGUGCCCGAACGUGGUGUCCUGCGCGGACAUCGUCACGGCCAGCGCCCGGGACGCGGUGCGCCUGACGGGCGGCCCCGCCUACGAGGUGCCCAUGGGCCGGCGCGACUCGCUCACGUCCAACCGCGAGGACGCCGACAACCUGCCGGGCCCCGACAUCGCGGUGCCCAAGCUCAUCGACGAGUUCUCCAAGCAGGGCUUCAGCCUCGAGGAGAUGGUCGUCAUGCUCGCCGGCGGCCACUCCAUCGGCAUCUGCAGGUGCUUCUUCAUCGAGACCGACGCCGCGCCCAUCGACCCGGAUUUCAAGAAGAACAUCACCUCGGCUUGCGACGGCAAGGACUCGGGCAACGUCCCCAUGGACUUCGUCUCGCCCAACACCUUCGACUCGAGCUACUUCGAACUAGCUCUGGCCAAGAAGAUGCCGCUCACCAUCGACCGGCUGUUGGGGAUGGACGCCAAGACGGAGCCCGUGCUCAAGUCCAUGGAGGCAAAGCCUACCGACUUCGUCCCCUUGUUCGCCAAGGCCAUGGAGAAGCUCGGCGCUCUCAAAGUUCUCACAGGGAAGGAGGGCGAGAUCAGGAAGACGUGCUCCGAGUUCAACACCGCUGCGCCCAGCGGCGGCGCGUCGGUGAUACGGGUCAGCUCCUUGAACCCCGAGGACCAGCUGCUGGGGGGGCUCCCGCAGCCAGGGGGCAGGAAGGCGGGCGGUCCCCUGGACCCGGCGCCCCUGUCCCCCAGCGAGCUAGAAGACAAGAAGCUCAAGAAUGAAGGCAAGAUCGCCAAUACCAACGCCGAUGAGGCGGCCGCCAAGGUGUUGGGCGGAGUCGUCGUCAGCGACCGCGGCGUAAUCCAGCCGCCCAAAGUUGUGCCACUAAUCGGCGAGGAGCCCAAGAAGGACGCCGGUCAGGUGCCGGAGAUCGGCAAGCCCGUGGGCGUCGAGGAGAGCAAGAUAGCGGCUCCUGGCAACAAGAUCCUGGGCGACGAGCCGGGCAGCAAGUUGCCGGGGCCCGAGGAAGUUAUGCCGGGACCCAAACUCCGCGGAGGCGCGCUGUAGAUGGCCGGGGUAGCCGCUGGAUCACCUGCCAGGGCGCACGCGCGCCCUUCUGGCAGUACGUAUACCACACGCAGACGCAGUGAGCAUUGUGUUUCCCACCCAGAUUUUCUCACCCUCUAUAUCUAUUAUUGUUUGUAGAAGGGACCGGACGAGCAACGUACCGCAGCUGAUUGCUAUAUAUAGGUCUAAUCACGCAACCGUUGUGUCGAUUUUGUUUUGGACAGCGACCAAAGCCCCUGAUCGUUUUUCUUUCUACUUCAUUCAUUCAAGUCCUGGAGACAAAGUUGUAUGUUGUUUUGGCAGCUUAGGGUGCCGACGAAGUGAAAUUGUACCAAUCUCUGCUAUCUGCAGAAUGAUAUAUAGUGUAUGUUUUUCUUCUUCUU